CAGAUACAGGGGCCGGAUUCACUAAAGUGUUCUUAAGAUAAAACUUAAGAAGAUUCUUAAGAAAACAUAUAAGAAGUUCCUAAGAAUCUUCUUAAACGCUAUUCACCAUUUUUUUCUUAAGAAUUGUCGAUUGUCUUACGAACUUCUUAGUUUUCUCACUUAAGAACUUCUUAGAUUGUUAACGUAGUAGAGGAAUGCAUGUAAUGUUCGUCCUCGUGCGCUCUUGUUGUUGCUGGAGCAGCGGUGGGGGCUGGCCCCGUUGCUAUGUUACGUGUACUUUGUUGAUGUUUAUGGUUUGGGUUUCACGGAGAAUAAACCGUUAAAUAAUAAACCGAAAAAAUGGAGGACAACAGUGCGAAGCGCAGCAAGAACUUUUCAAAACAGGAGUUGGAGGUGUUGGUGGAGGAGGUGGUUUCGAGGCAAAGAAUGUUAAUGGGGAAGUUGGAUAACGUUGUCACUGCAGAUAAUAAGAAGAGGGCGUGGGCGAAAGUUGCCCAAUCGGUGUCCGCAGUAGGGGAGACGGAGCGCGAUGCGAUUGCAAUAAAAAAAAAAUGGGCGGACGUAAAAUCCCUCGUAAAGAAAAAAGCUGCUGAGAGGACGAGGGAGACGAGGAAGACAGGAGGAGGGACGUCCUCUGUUAAACUCGACCCUUUGGAGGAGAAGAUUUUGGGGAUGAUAGGGGAAUCUCUGGUAGGAGGCGUUCAAGGAGGGGUGGACACUGGAGACCACAGCUGUAUGCAGCUGCUACAGCAGACACAUACGGAAUUCUGAAGAAGAUCUUAGUCUCUCACAACUAAUUUCAGAAUCCAUCCUCCAGCCCACACCAGUGAUGACACCCAGCAUGGAGGACAUGAUCUGUAUUCAAAGAGGCCUUUUGGAGGAAGUGCGAGGACUUAGAAGGGUUCAAGAGCAACUUCUACUGGUGGAGAGAGAGAAACUGCUCUUGGCCAAAGCCAAAUUUGAGCUAAAAAAAAGGAAUAUUAGGAAGAAUGUAUUAGUAUUAGUAAUAAUAUAUUAGAGUAUUAUAGAGUAUAUUAGAGUAUU